GUGAACCAUAUCUUGUCCGCAAGCAUAUUGAAACACAUAUAAACCUAGGAAUGCAAUACUGUUCUAAUUAGUACCAACAGGUCUGCAAUCAGGAUGGCUGUAUACGCUCUUCUCGUGUUCGUCGCUCUGGAAUGCGCCGCUCAGGGAUCGCUGAUUCCUCAAAUUGUGGGUGGCAAAGAUGCUGAAAUCGGCAAAUAUCCGUAUCAAGUAUCGUUAAGAUUGUUUGGAGAUCACAUGUGCGGCGGAUCUGUCAUCGACGAAAAUAACAUAUUAACAGCAGCGCAUUGCAUCGAUGGGAGAGAAAACGUGCUGAAUUAUUUGAAAGUCCACGUCGGCACGAACUUUCUCAAUGAGACAGGCGAGGUUUAUUCAGUUGAAUCUCUCAUUGCCCAUGAGGGAUAUAGCAUACUUCUACGCAUUAAUGACAUUGGUCUGAUUCAUCUUAAAGAACCAAUCAAGUUUAACGACAAGGUGCAGAAGAUCUAUCUUACGGCUACUAACAUCGAUAACGGACCGUGCAAGUUAACUGGAUGGGGAUCUACUAGCCUCGAUGGAGAUGCUUCGAACAAUUUGCAAGAAAUUGAUUUGAAGAUAUAUCCUCUCCCGCUGUGCGAAAAAAAGAAUAUAAAAGUUCAGAAAACUCACAUUUGUACUCUGACGAAAGCAGGAGAAGGUGCUUGCCAUGGUGAUUCCGGUGGACCUUUGGUGACUAAUGACGUUCAAGUCGGAAUCGUCUCCUUUGGUAGACCAUGCGCGCUCGGAUAUCCUGAUGUAUAUACACGAGUGCCCUCUUUCUUCAAUUGGAUUAACAAAAAUAAGAAGAAACUGCAAACUUGUCUGCAUAGAAUCGGAAUGGUUGUGUAUAUUCUUCUUGUGCUCAUCUCUCUGAAAUGCGCCGCUCAGGGAUCGCUGAUUUCCCAAGUUGUGGAUACAACUGUUGAAAUCAAAAAAUAUCCGUUUCAUAUAUCGUUAAGAUGGUACGGGAUUCACAUAUGCGGCGGAUCUAUCAUCGACGAAAAUAACAUAUUAACAGCAGCACAUUGUAUCGAAAGGCUAAAAAGCCAGCUGAAUUAUUUGAAAGUCCACGCCGGCACGAACUUUCUCAAUGAGACAGGCGAGGUUUAUUCAGUUGAAUCUCUCAUUGCCCAUGAAAGAUAUAGCAUGCCUCUACUCAUUAAUGACAUUGGUCUGAUUCAUCUUAAAGAACCAAUCAAGUUUAACGACAAGGUGCAGAAGAUCUAUCUUACGGCUACUAACAUCGAUAACGGACCGUGCAAAUUAACUGGAUGGGGAUCUGCUUGCCUCGGUGGAGAUGUUUCAAACGAUUUGAAAGAAACCGAUUUGGAGAUAUAUCCUCUCUCGUUGUGCGAAAAAAAGAAUAUAAAAGUUCAGAAAACUCACAUUUGUACUCUGACGAAAGAAGGAGAAGGUGUUUGCCAUGGUGAUUCUGGUGGACCUUUGGUGAUUAAUGACGUUCAAGUCGGAAUCGCCUCUUUUGGUAGACCAUGCGCGCUCGGAUGUCCUGAUGUAUUUACACGAGUGUCCUCUUUCUUAAGUUGGAUUAACAAAAAUAAGAAGAAGUAAGAAAUUAAGGACUAAGAACCAAUGACACUCGUAAUGAUGAAGAUAUCAUGGAAUUUGUUUUCGCAAUCGUUCGAUAUGAGAAAACAAAUUGUUUUGAUUUUUAUCUGAAUGGAUUUAAUCAGAUGAUAACUGUUUUCGACAACGAUAUUUCUACAAUUUCUAAAAAAGAAUACACUUUAACGUACCAUUCUACUUUGAUGUAUCAAUUCCUAAAAAAGAAUAUACUUUAAUGUACAUUAAUAAAUAUAACUCCAAAAAUA